AAAUUGUUAAAGGAACACCAAAAUUGUGGGUAAAGUUAAUGGAGCUUUGUUGGAACGCGGACGUUUUCAAAAGGCCUACUGCUAAACAAAUGCAUGGAAUUUUAGAUAAACUAAACGAUAUUGUUCAUUUUAGAGAGGCAAGAGAGGAUAUAUUAAAAGAAAACUUAGAGUUAAGAGACCUUUGUGGAUACUCAUCUCUUGAUGAAUUUGCGGAUGAUGUAUGGGAAUUUAAACUCAAAAUGUUUGAUAUAAGCUGUCGAGAAGCAAAUCAUCAAAAGGAAAUGCACCCAAAGGCGAUAUAUACAAGUCAACUAAUAUCUGAUAUUACAAAGAACGUUCAAUGGGAAUCAAAUAAAUCAGUUCAAGAUGGUAAAUUUGAGUCCGUUCAAAAAAAGCUCGAAAUAAAUUUCUAG